CAUUGAAAUCAUUUCAUGUUUACAUGUUAUGGAACAUUGUUUUGUAUUCUAACAGCAAGGAAAUGUCCUUACCCUGGACCUUUGAAAAAUGGAAACAUACUUGAUGUAAACUUCAGUUAUCAAAGUGUUGUAAGCUUUUCAUGUGAACCUGGGUAUAUUCUUCAAGGAACUAAUACCAGCCAAUGCCUGGCAGAUGGACAAUGGAGUGGAAAGCUACCUGAAUGCCAACCUGUGAUUUGUCCUCCACCUCCCAUUUCUGAAUUUGGAGCCCUUUCUUACCAUAGACUUAAGCCUGGAAACAUAUCUGUCUUUCAAGAUGAGAUCAUAAUGCCUUUGGCAUUAAUUGGGAAUAAAACAGCUAGGUGUCUGGCCUCCAGGAACUGGAGUCAGAUACCAGAAUGCAGAAAAGUGAAAAGUCCAUAUCCAGCAGAAAUAGAAAAUGGAUAAGCUUUGCUCUUCGCUGAACUUAUCAGUAUAAAGAUGACCUAUGACUGCAAUCCUACUUAUAUGAUGGAUGGACCUGCAGAGUCUACAUGUGAAAAAACAAGAAGCUGGUCAAUAAAACCAACUUGCAAAGCACCAUGUAAAAUGCCAGUUAAAAGAGCUACAGUGUUAUACAAUCAGCAGAAAGUAAAAGCGCAAGACCAUCUCAAAGGAGGGAUACAGCAUACUGAGACCAUCUGGUUCUGCAAAGACCAGCACUGUAGCUUUAUUGUACCUUCUCAGUGAUUAGAUGGUAAUCUAACGGCCCCUGCCUGUUUUAAAGAAUGUGGGUGGUUUGCAAGUGUAAUAAAGACAGAUGUUGCAGACAUGACACCAUGUGAGAACUGAAACAGAUGCAUCUUCACGUCCUGCUGAAGAGAAAAUUUGUAUGGAGAAUUGAGUCCCACCUGGACCACACUCACCU